GGUUUUGCUCUGACCACGCUUCACGUCAGCCUCUCCCGUGUUUGACCAUUCCAUUCUCUUCCCAAAUUCCUCUCUCUCUCUCUCUCUGUGCGUUUCCGGUUUCCUUGCCAACAUUUGAUCCACCUUCAUCCUGCGUUGUCAGUCAAACAAUGAAGCUCGGGGCAGAGAGGUGUUUUUCAUGGGUCUGAAAUCCCAUGAGCUCACUGUUUGUUUCAACCUUCAAACUUUGGUUUUACGUUGUAUGGGUGGCCACCAUUGCAGAAUCCAAUGAGAAUUCGUUCAGUUUCAUGGCGUUCCUUCAUAGCCUGCUGCUUUUGGAUGUUUUUCUGUUUCAACAUUUAUGUGGUAUCAAGCAGAUGUCUUGAAGACCAGAAAUCAUUCCUCCUCCGAUUGAAGAACAGUCUCGAUUUUAACGAAUCAAGUCCCAUCAAACUGGCGUCUUGGGAUCAAAACUCGUCUUGCUGUGAUUGGAGGGGUGUCACUUGCGAUGAGCAAGGACAUGUUAUUGGUCUUGAUUUGAGUGAGGAGUCAAUCUCUGGUGGUUUUGACAGUUCAAGCGGUAUUUUCAGUCUCCAGUAUCUACAGAAUUUGAGUUUGGCUUCCAACAAUUUCAGUUCUGUGAUUCCGAGUGAGUUCUACAAAUUGAAGAACUUAACUCACCUGAAUCUGUCAUAUGCUGGUUUCAUGGGGCCGAUCCCAGAUGGAAUCUCUCAACUGACGAGGUUAGUUACUCUGGAUAUAUCGUCUCUUUCAUAUUUAACAGGGCAAGAGCUGAAACUUGAGAAUCCAAAUUUGGGAACGCUUAUUCAGAACCUUACCAGCAUUAGGCGGUUGUAUCUAGAUGGUGUAACUAUAUCAGCUCAGGGACAAGAAUGGGGCACCGCUCUCUCAUCACUCCCCGGUCUGCAAGAAUUGAGCAUGGUGCAAUGCAAUCUUUCAGGUCCUAUUGAUUCUUCCCUAUCUAGACUGAACCUCCUCUCGGUAAUUCGUCUUGACCAGAACAAUUUGUCAGCCACAGUACCAGAAUUCUUUGGUAAUUUUACAAAUCUGACCAGAUUGCAUCUUAGCUCUUGCGGGUUGAGUGGAAUUUUCCCACAGAAUAUCUUUCUGGUGAAGACAUUGACCUUCAUUGACAUAUCUUAUAAUACUGGUCUCAGUGGGUCAUUCCAGAAUUUCCCAUUGAAUGGAUCUCUCCAAACCCUCGUAGUGAGUGGUACAAAUUUUUCCGGAGGGCUACCAGAUUCAAUCAGUAACUUGAAAAACUUAUCCAAAUUAGAUCUUUCAAUUUCUCACUUUUCAGGACGACUUCCCAAUUCAAUCUCAAAGCUUGCUGAACUCGCUUAUCUGGACUUGUCAAUGAACAACUUCAGCGGUCCGAUUCCAUCGUUUAGUACGGCCAAGAAACUCACGUACAUGGACCUUUCUGAUAAUGUGUUAAGUGGCAAAAUUUCGUCACCUGAUCGAUUUAAGGGACUACAAAAUCUAGUCACCAUUAACCUGCGUAGUAAUUACAUCAGUGGCACCAUCCCUUCCUCUCUUUUUAUGCUUUCAUCCCUGCAGAGCAUUAAGCUUUCCGACAAUCGGUUCAGUCAACUGCAUGAGUUCUCAAUUGUGCCUUCCUCCGUAUUAAACACCCUCGAUUUGAGCAGCAAUAAUUUAUCAGGUCCUAUUCCAAGAUCUAUCUUCCAACUCAGAGGACUUGGUAUUCUCCAACUUUCGUCAAACAAGUUCAAUGGGCUAAUCCUGCUAGAUAUGAUUGUGGAGCUCAGAAAUUUAACUUCGUUAGAUCUUUCAUACAACAACUUGUCAAUCAAGGUGAAUAAAUCAGAUUCUCGCCUGUCUUCAGUUCUCAACAUGACCACUCUAAAAUUGGCUGGUUGCAAGUUGGAGACUUUCCCUGGUUUCUUAAGACACCAGCCCAAAUUAACUGAUUUGGAUUUUUCAGAUAAUCAAAUCCCAGGUCUGAUACCCAGCUGGCUUUGGAAACUUGAAAGUCUCACUUACCUUAAUCUUUCCCAUAAUUUGCUGACUGGUUUUGAAAGACCGUUGCAGAAUUUAAGUUCUAGUUUGACGCUCCUUGACCUUCAUGACAACCAUAUCCGAGGGCAAAUUCCCUUUUUACCUAGGCGUUCUGCCUAUUUGGACUACUCAAUCAAUAAGUUCAGCUCUUUCGACAUCCCAGCUUAUCCAAGUGAUUACACGGCUUUCACAAUUUUCCUAUCUCUAUCAAAUAAUUCUUUUCGAGGCACCAUUCCUCAAUUCUUCUGCAAUUUUUCAAGUCUUCAAGUGCUUGAUCUUUCCCUCAAUAACUUCUCUGGUGCAAUUCCUUCAUGUUUAAUGGAAAUGAGUGAGACCCUUGCCAUACUAACUCUGCGGAAAAACAAUCUCGCGGGGAAAAUACCUGACAAGUUUCCAGCUUGGUGUACUCUGAGGACUCUAGAUCUCCAUGAAAAUUCGUUAGAUGGACCGAUGCCAAAUUCUCUUGCUAAUUGCUCAGGAUUAGAAGUGUUGGACCUGGGAAGGAAUCAUAUGUUUGAUGCAUUUCCAUGUUUCUUGAAGAACAUAUCCACACUCCGUGUCCUGGUCUUGCGACAAAAUAAUUUCCAUGGUUCCAUUGGAUGCCCGAACACCAAUGAUAGCUGGCAUGUGCUUCAAAUUGCUGAUUUAGCUUCCAACAAUUUUAGGGGUGUGCUACCAGGAAAAUCAUUCACAGCAUGGGAAGGAAUGAUGCCCGAUGAAGCACAAACACUUCAAUAUCAGAUCUUGAAAUUUGGUAAUGUUUAUUAUCAGGACAGAGUGAGUAUUACGAGCAAAGGCAUACAGAGGAAGUGGGUUAAAAUUCUAACCGUCUUCACUGCCAUUGACUUCUCAUCCAACCAUCUUGAAGGACCAAUACCAGAGGAGAUGAUGAAUUUUAAAGCACUGUAUAUUCUGAACUUGUCCAAUAAUGCUUUCAGCGGCCAGAUACCAUCAUCUAUUGGGAAUUUGAGAAAGCUCGAGUCCUUGGACCUGUCAAAUAAUUCUUUGACGGGGGAGAUUCCAGUACAAAUUGCAAGUUUAUCUUUCCUUGCAUUCUUGAACCUCUCUUUUAACCAACUGGUGGGGAGGAUUCCUACAGGCACCCAAAUACAGUCAUUUGAAGCACCUUCCUUCGGUGGCAACAAAGGAUUAUGUGGACCGCCUUUGACUCCAAAAUGUACAAAUCCAGGAGUGAUAAAUACUAGUGAUGCAGUAGCUGAAUUUGAUUGGGAUUUUGUAUUCACUGGAGUGGGUUUUGGGGUGGGAGCAGGAAUAGUUGUUGCUCCGUUGAUGCUUUGGGAAAAAGGAAGAAAAUGGAGCAAUAACAGCAUUCAUAGGAUCCUUCGAGUAAUAUUUCCCAUGUUUGGGUUGACUUAUACGCCUGGUGAUGAUUACUACGAUGACGAGGAGGAAGAAGCAGAAGAAGAGAGCUCAGAUGAGAUUGAAGAAUGUGAUGACUAUGAAUAUGAAGAUGAAUUGGGUAUCCCAAGGUUUAGAGGAUGGUACUGUGUUUUUUGUUCCAGGCUCGACAUAAGUAGGAAGAAGGCCAUUCAUAACCCAAGGUGUCAAUGCUACCAUACACCACCAGUUUCAACGUUUUCUGUUUCUUGGGCUUCUCCUUCCUCUCAGGUGCAUCUGAGAUGA